UGCCAUAAUGGGCUGUUGGGGCCUCCGUGCCCUGAGAAUGCAUAUUUUAUCAUCGCCUUAUUGGGUCAGGAUUCUGGAAGCACUCAUCAACCACCUGACAAAGCAUCAAGGCGUCCCUCGAAAUGUUGUCACCAGCUGUGAGCCCAGCGCCAUGGGUCCGGGGUGGGGGGGGGGGGGUUGGGGACACCACCAGACACAGGUCCAUCUGCCCACAGCCCCGACCUUGGCCCGUCCUGGGGUCAACCCGGUGUUUACCCGGCCUACCUCGGGCAAGAUGCUCGGGGCAGAGGGGCCAGGGCGGGCGGGCAGGAGAACCGCCUCCUUCCCUACCAAGGCCCAAGCUUCAGAAGGUGUCUCUGAGGCUCCCCACACUUUACUACUGGGGUCCCUGAGGCCCCGCAAAGGGAAGGACGUGGCCAAGGUCACAAAGCAAGUCAGAGCGCAGCCAAGAAGAGGAGAAAAAGCCCUCGCCUUCUCUCUACAUCCACGGGCCAACCGGGGCCAGCCUGGGCUCACCUUUCAGGACCUGGCUCCUGUCCUACCUCUUCAGGGGCUCUUCCAGACUCUUCGAGCAGCUGUUAGGGCCCCGGGUUCCAGCCUCCAACUCGCUCCCAUCACAUCACGGACCUCUGGAGACUUACCCAUCCCCCACAACACAAACUCCACUCUGGCAAGGCACUGCGAGGAAGCCAGCGGGGCUGGCCGUCGUGAGCACGGGGCCCGGCAGCAGGAGGUUUGAAUUUCCUGUCCUUUCGGCGGAUCACGGCGCCCGCCACACCCCCAGCCCCCGUGGCCCGGCACCCUCAGGAGGCCGUCCUGGAAGGAGGCCAGGAGGGAGGGAGCAAGGCUCUCCUGCACGGAGCCCUGACCCAGGACAGAGCUCCGGGAAAGGAAGGUAACUGGUUGUUUCUGUCCCGAGGAGAACAUGCCGUGACCGUGAAUCUUCAUUCGGCUGUCCCCAAAGUGACAAACAUCCCCCAGCGUCCAUGCUGCUGCCUCCCCGGCAAUUUCUCUGUUUACAGGAUGUCUGGGGUGUCUAGACAGGCUGGGGUGGGGUGGGGGGAGUCAGAGAGUGGAGUCCCAAGGCAGUUCUCAGACGGCACACAGCUAUUUCUGCACAGAACAGCUAAAACCAAAAGACUGAAAUCUGCCUCUGCCUGAAGAGUUCAUUAAAUAGAAAUAUGCUUAA